UUUAAUUUUUUAAUGCUCCAGACCACAACAGCAGCCAGCGAGCGAGAGAGAGAGAGAACAGAAGAGGGGGAGGGAAUGGAGGAAUGAGAGGGGUGGGUGUGAGGACAAGAAGAGAAGGGGGGAUUUUGAGUGAUCGGAAAAGAAGGGUUCUGAUUGACAGAGAGGGAGGGCAGAAAAGGUAAGGGGAGGGUUUACAAAGAGACGAAAAGAGAGAACGAGGGAGUACAGCAAAGCAUGUUGCCAGUGUUGGCUCCGUAACUCACUGUGAGCAGGGACGGGAGGGAGAGCAAAAGAGAGACUGAGAGUCACACAUUCACACACACUCUCAAUCACUCUCAUACACACACACAUAAACUGUUACAUUCUCGCAUAGAUUCCGAGGUGCCUUGCUGAAGAGACUCUGUUACGCACGCCUGCAGGGGUGAGAACACUGUGAAUACUGGACUAAAGCAGAAUACCAUAGCACUGGGACAAGACCCGACAGCACCUAGGGACUUUCUUCAAACGGGACCUUUACAGCAUGUGAAGCCGGACAAACAGAUAUGUGCACCAUCUAUCCUUAACAUUCCUUCAUUUCAUCCCUCCAUCUGUGCCUCCCUCCCUCCCUCCCUCCCACCUCUCCUCUCAAGUGGUGUGAAGGACACGGAGCUACGAGUUCCUCAGUGCUUUCUGCCUGGUUGCCUUACAGGAGUCUGGGGGAGGCUUGGUGCUCCCCUUCGCUCUCCUCCGCUCUCACUCGUUCAUGAAUGUCACCUCUAUCUGAAGAAGCCCUUGGAAUUUACAAACACUCUCUCGGGAGCUUGGGGAGAGGGUGCAAAGGGGAAUGUCAGAAAGGCUGAGGAGGGAGAGAACUUGCGAUUCCGUUCAUCCUUAUCCAUCUGAUCAUCCACAGACAUGAGUUCCAGGGUUGACGACGCCAGUUUUUGACUUUUUACUUAGUGUGUCUGUCUGUCUUUAGUUUUUGUUGUUGUUAUUGUUUUGCAGUCAUACUGUCCUAAAUGCGAUACGCCGGAAUCAGGUAAUGGAGUUUCACUAAGGUUGUCUCAGGAUAUUGAUCCUUUUCUCGGUAGGAUCUGUAUUUUAGUUUGUUUUAUGUAUCCAUCGAUCUCCGUUUUACGAGGAUAGCAAUGAUAUGUGGAACCGUAUGGAUGAAACGACUGGUCAAUUUACACCUUUUUUUCUGAACUUGAAGACUGAAUUCUGAUCUGUGAGAUUUUUUGAAGAUCAAUCCCACACUAAACUGUGGAAGGGAAGUGAGAGACCAGGGCUUCUGGAACUCGGAUCUUUAGGGAUUCGAGUCGAACAGAGGGUGUAGUGGUGCUGUGAUGGCUCACUUAUCUUCCAGAAUUCCAGUACGGCUCCAUGGAUCAUCUGGUGCCACUUGUCCGUAUGCUGUGCAACGAGACCUGAAAUACAACAAACAAUCUCAACAACGAUAGCUGCCAUUCAUCAGAAUCACAACACAAAGAAUUCUGCAUCCCAUUUUGAUAGCCAAAGCAGCAAAUAAAGUUUAUUGUGAACUUCACAAGUGUUUUGCCUCACCCCCUUUACCCCUCUGAAACCAAGCCCCUUUUUGUUCCGUAUCAAGUUGUGACACAUUCUCUCCUUGGUUAUUGUGGGAGACCCCGCUGAACUCUGAACAUCUACAGACUCCUGCUCCUGUCCUCUUUUGCCCUGGUUGAUCGGACAGGUGGGUGGCCCACUGACGCCCUCUGCGCCCUACGGGUGAGUGGGGCACAGCAAAAUGGCUGCCCUUGCCAGCUCGCUGAUCCGGCAGCGCAGGGAAGUCAAGGACCCCCAGGCCAACCGGCAGAUUUCCACCAAACGCAAGCCUUGCCCCAAGAGCAACAAGUCGCUCUGUGAGAAACAGAUCCUUAUCCUCAUCUCCAAAGUCCGGCUUUGCGGCAGUCGAGGACGAAAACUAGAUAAAAGACCAGUUUUUCUUGAAGAAGGUAAGGAGUUUUGUGAGCCUCAGCUGAAAGGUAUUGUCACACGUCUGUAUUGUCGGCAUGGCUUCUACCUGCAGAUGUUACCCAAUGGCACCUUGGAUGGUACAAAGGACGAAAACAGCUCCUUUUUGCUGUUCAACUUGAUUCCUGUGGGUCUGAGGAUAGUCGCCAUCCAAAGCACCAAGACAAGACUCUACAUAGGCAUGAAUAGCGAGGGCUACCUCUACACAUCAGAACAUUUCACGCCAGAGUGCAAGUUUAAGGAGUGUGUGUUUGAGAACUAUUAUGUGACAUACUCCUCAAUCUUGUACCGCCAAACACAGUCGGGUCGAGCCUGGUACAUUGGCAUUAACCGGGAUGGACAGGUCAUGAAAGGAAAUCGGGUCAAAAAGACUAAAGGAGCAGCCCACUUUCUGCCCAAGCUUAUAGAGGUUGCCAUGUACAGGGAACCAUCACUACAUGACGUUGCUGAGCAAAGCCCACCUAGAAAAACGGUCAAAACGUCAGACUCCCCCGUGCAUAAAAACGGCAAGAAAGACCAAGUGCUUCCCGACCCCACAGCCUCCUAGCAGCAGUAGAAGAAACACUUUGUUUGCACGGACACACAAUGAACGCCAACAGCAGCACAGGAGGAUUGGUACAAAUAAUGUUUGUAGUCCCUCCACCAACCCUCGGAACUUUGACAUUUCCAACCGUGCAUCAGGGCUCAGAAGACCCUUGCCAACAGGUCUAAUGCCCACCGCACUUCCUUUUGGACUCUCCUGCUCCAUAAUCAAAGGAAUACUGAGCAAUAACAAGCGCACUGGUCUGGGGUCAGAGUGUGACGCCGUCGCUUUUGUGAGAACAGCAGCACCUAAUAGAAAGGAUCUUUGUCUUCCUCUCCUUUUUUUUGUAUUUCAAGCAGAAUCACUUCUUCUUGUGAAGCAAUUUGUGCUUGACAUUUAAAUCCUCCAUUUCCUUUGUUCAAGCAUUCAUAGAUUCCACAAAAAUCUUUGUGGAAUUGCAAACCUUUUUCUGCUCAUCGGCUCCUGCGCUGAUGAGUCUGCAGAGGGUGGACAUGUCAGUGUGUGUGUGUGUGUGUCUGCGGUGAACAGUAAUACAAUAUCAUUUGUAAAAUGGCUCAUAACAGAGGGAGUAGGUGUUUCUUUUUGUUCUGAUAAGUCAUUGCUUUUCUCAUUGCAAUAUUCCCAGAUAGCAAUAUCGGUACAGCUGCACUCUUUCUUCUCUCUUUUUAGCAUGUGUGUUACUUUAGAGCAAGUAGAUGUGCUGACUACUGAGGGUGCAAGUUCCCUAAAGUUCAUGUCCCUACAUUCAGUUUUAUUCAAUUACAUUUGCCUGAGAGCAAAGGCACUUUACUCAGUCAAAUGAAACAACACAAGUGCUGAAAAAGUCAAUUUCUGCUUUUCUCUCUUUUGAUAAAAUUGGGGAAUUGGACCCAAAAGGAAUCAUUUUGGGAACCCAUGUGCAGAGUCCAAACAGACCUGUAACUUCUGACCUCAAGUUUUAUUUGAGGUGUUGAGAAUAUCAGUAUGCAAAUGAAAUUGUGUUUUAAGUGCUUCGCGGUACCUGGUGACACGUCGCACUUAUGCCUUUGCAGUUAUAUUAUUUACAUGCAUAUCACCUACAUUAUGGAAGUACGAUUUAAUAAUACACUACCGGUCAAAUAUUUGGGGUUGGUAAGAUUUUUUUUAUGUUCUUGAAAGAAGUCUCUUCCGCUCACCAAUGCAUUAAUUUAAUAAAGUAUAGUGUACAGUAAUAUACUACAAAUUCAAAAUAUUUAAAUUUAAAAUAUAAAUUAUUCCUGCAGCCAUUACUCCAGCCUUCAUUGUUUCAUACAGUCGCAUGAUCCUUUCAGAAAUCAUUCUAAUAUGUUCAUUUGGUUUACAAAAACAAACAAACAAAACAUUCUAAACAUUAUUAACCAUGUUGAGAAAACCUGUGGUGCUUAAUAAUUUGCUGCUUAAUAUCAUGCUACACUUUUUUAGGAGUCUUUGAUUAAUGGAAAAUUCUAAAGAAUAGUAUUUUUAUAGUAGUGUCUUUUUGUAUUUUAUAGUAGGGGUAGCGGGGUAUAAAGGUCUUUAUUGGCACUUUUAAUUAGUUUAAUGCUUCCUUGUUGUAUACAAGUAUUAAUUUCUUUUAAAAUAUAUAUCUUACUGACCCCAAACCUUUAAAUGGUAAUGUGUAUAAUAUAUAUAAUAUAAUUUUGGAGGUAGAAAAUGUUCCCGAUUUAAAUGCAUAAUUAUUAGGGUCCCUUGUAGACAGUAUUUUAGCUGGCUUAUGAUUUUUAGUCUAAUGUUUUUUUGGCUCUAUUAUUAGUUAUAUCAGAGCACAUUCCCUUGUUGGUUAUAUCUUCACUGUGAUUUCAAGUGCAAAGCUUAAACAAAAUGCAAAAAAUCUAACUUUUUCCCUUCUGAGUUGAAUAAUUUCUCAUACCGUGCACCUGGUGUUGAGGAAAUGAUGUCUGUGAUAAUUAUAGCUUCAGUCCCCUGCAGCAAUGCAUUAUUGGGAGAAACAAAGUUAUUAAGACCAAAGUGGAAAUAACUUAAGAAAUCUUAGACUUUUGGACUUUUUACUAAAUUCUUCCACAUUUAUAUCAGGUCGUCAGUCUUUCCCAGAUUACAGUUUCCCUACUGCGAAUCAAAGCAGCACCUGCAGGUAUUUCACAAUCCCUCAUUACAGAAGUUGGUGUUUGUGGAUAAUGUCCCAAGCAGAUUGUUUUUCAGAAGGACUGAAUCAAAAUGCUCUGCAUCUCAUAGCUUCUGGGUACACAUCAAUAAGACUACAUCUUGAUUUUUCUUCAUAAAUUAUCAGUUGUUUUGUAGUUUUGCAAAGCAGCAAUGUUCUUCUCAGACUUUUCUUAAGUCUUGCAUUGCCCAUUUCUUAUUUAAGUUUCAAUAUUAUCUGAAGGGCUAAUUACUUAAGGUAAUGCAGGUCCAGAGGCACUAUACGGCAAUAUAGUUCAACUGAAUGCCACAUUGAAACAAAAUCCAGUCGGCCAGACAGCAAAGGUUAAAUAAAUGAUAAAGGAAAUGUUGUAUGAAGUCACAGCUGUGCUUUGAUUAGCACAUUCAUUCAGUUUAAUCUUAAUUAGACCAUGAAAUUAAUAGUUACUUUAAAAUGUCUCACUUCUUCUAGCCUUCCAAACUUUUUAAAUGUCACAAUAGGACUUGUGCUAACUUACUGACUCAAUAAAAAAAGCUCUUGAAUUUGAAAGGGCUUUCUAAUCCAAAUAUGAGAUAUUACUACUGGUCUUUACUUCAAAUCUGUCUAAUUGACACUUAACUUAUGAUUAUAACAUCCUAGGGUUUGCUAGUCAGUUUGAGCUGAUUGUGAAUGUGUU